CCCCGUGCUCCACUCAGGCGCGGCGCGGGCAGCCCUGUGCGGGCAGCGGCUUCGCGGGGGCCUCGCCGCCGGGGCCUGGCUCGCGCAAGAUGGCGGCGGGGCCGGCGCUGGCGGUGUGAGGCGGGGAGCGCCCGGAGCCGCCGCCGCCUCCUUCCCGCCGCCGCUGCCCGCCCCGCCCCCGCCCCGCAGCCGGCGGGAUGCUGAGAUCCAGCGGCUACUUCCGCGGCAUCGACUGCCCCUUCCUCAGCGCCGGGGGGCCGGGGCCGGGCGGCGGCCCGCCCUGCCGCCGGCCCUACUGCCACUUCCGGCACCCCCCGGUGGCGGCGGCGGCGGCGGCGCGGUGCGGAGCCCCCGGCGGCCCCGGCGCGGCGGUGGUGCUCGGCCACGGCGCAGAACGUGGCUAUGAUCCCUAUAAUCCAGAUCUUCCGAGGCCCUCGCUGCAAGCGGAGAAUGGUGCCCUGGCUGACAUUACAGACAUGACACCCGGCAUUUUGGAGCUGGAGUUGGUCAACAAGGCCAUUGAGGCGGUCAAAAAUGAAGUUGAGAGAGAGCAGAAAAAGUAUGAGGAGCUGCUAGAAACGACAAAGGAAUUUGGCACUUCAGAGGCCUCUUCACUUAUUUCCCAAACACCCGUGUCAGCUGCUGUGACAGAAACUGAUUCUUUUAUCUCCUUAGAGUAUAAUCCAGGUAGCUACAAUUUAAAUAAUAACCCGGACUACAACCCUACUCCUCUAGCUGCUGCUAGCCAGUCAAAUAAAUACACUUUGGAUACUUCCCGAUCUAAAGGUAGCUCAUUGGAAUAUGUUCCCAAGGCUGUAGCACAGACUAAAAAAUACAGUUGCACUGUCACUAACAAUAAAUAUGUGAUCGAUGACUCCAAGCCUUCUACAGACUUGGAAUAUGACCCGCUUUCGAAUUACUCAGCCAGGCUCUUGAGCAAAGCCACAACAAAGGAGCCAAAGGGGUCUAAACGGAGUCGGGUGCCUAGUUAUGAGGAAUGUUACUCUCCUUCACCAAAGAAGCUAUGUGAAGAACUGGAUGACUAUGAAGUGUGUGCCAGGUUCUCCUCCUCUGAAGAUGAGGCCGAUGCGGAGUAUAAGCCGACUUCUGUUAGUUCACAAUCAAAAGCUGGUUCUGAAAGUGAAUCAAACGAUGGGUUAUCCAACAAAGAGCAGAGCACCAAACUGGAAGACUCUGCUUCCCAGGGUAUCAAAGAAAUGACAGUGCAAUACGACAUGGAAGAUGUUCCAAGUUCACAGAAAAAUCUUACUAAAAAUGUAUCAGAAAAGAAUGCAAAAGCAGCAAAAUUGUGUUCUGGCAAGAAUGACCAGGAUAUUGAAGAUAAAAACAAAGACUCGAAAGACAAAACAAAAAAGAAGAAAUCAGAUCUUAGUAAAACGCCUAGCCUCAAUGAGGCUGGUAAGAAAGAGAAAAGUAAAAGUACAGAAAAAGACAAAAUGCCCAAGAAAGAAGAAAAGGUAAAAACAAAAAACGAGGAGAAAAACUGUAAAGAGAAAAGUAGCAAAGUCAAAACUGAUGGGAAUUUAAAAAAACCUGAAAAGCAAAAGUCAGAAAAAUUGGAUGGGCUUAAGAAAGAAAAAUCCAAGUCCCCCAGCAGGAGUUCAGGGAAAAGCAAGAAUGAGGGUGCCAUCAAAGGCCCUAGCACAGAGAAGCUGGGGAGCAGCAAGAAAGACUCCAAAGUAAAAACAUCAGACUUGAAAAACGGUAAGGAAACCUCUGGUCAUAAAAACAAAGACAAAGGGACCAAAGCUCCAGCACUGGAACGAAAGAAAGAAAAGGUCAGUUCUAAAGAGAAAGGGGAUCCAAAGAAGGGUCGGAAGCAACGGAGUUUGAGUCAUGUUGACCUGUUCGGAGAUGAGAGUGGGGAUGAUGAGGACAAAAGCCGACCUUUGCCGUCCACGUUACUUGAUGUAAGCUCGGACUCGGAUGGUGAUGGCUGUCGUUCGGACUCUCAGAGUGAAAAUGAAGAGACAAAGAGUGUGAAGCGCUCUAAGUUGUCAAAGUCAUCGUCGUCGUCUUCCUCAACAUCUGAUGACAUUGAUUAUUCCAUACUUGAGAAAGACUUGGACUUUGAGUCAGAUCCCAUGGAAGAGUGCCUCAGGAUUUUUAAUGAAUCUACAGAUGUGAAAACCGAAGACAAGGGAAGGCUGAAGAAACAGCUAUCCAAAGAGGAAGGAAAUGAAGAAAAGACAGAAGAUACUUUGACUACUCUAUUUCCUGGCCAGAAAAGAAGGAUCUCUCACCUUGUCAAACAAGGAAAUGCCGAGGUCCCGAGCAAGCCCGUAAUCCGGCCGUACCGUCCCCCCACCGCUCAGGAGGUCUGUUACCAGAGGAUCCAGCUGGCUCAGCAGCAGGCGGCACAGCUGGCUGUGGCCGUUCAAAAGGCCUCUCUUUCUUUGCCAGGAGAAAAGAAGAGGAUUGCUCAUGUGCCAAACGUAGCCCUUGCCGCAGCAGUCAAACAAAGCCCUGCAGGUAGUAAGAAGACUGUUCCUGGCAGGAAUGUCACACCUUCCAAUGACUCUGAAGCACCCACCCUUUCUCUGAAGGCUUGCACCUUAGCUGGGAUGGCUUCAAAGACCACCAGCACCACCGUGCCGAAAAGGAUAGCGCAUGUUCCCUCCUUACAGAGCGCCAGUUUACAGAGGCCAGUUAUUCCCACAGAAUUUGGUGCUAAAGUCCCAACAAACAUCCGUCAAAGGUAUCUUAAUCUCUUCAUUGAUGAGUGCCUGAAAUUCUGCUCCUCCUCCCAGGAAGCGUUUGACAAGGCUCUGUCUGAAGAGAAGGUGGCUUACGAACGUAGCACCAGUCGGAACAUCUACCUGAACGUGGCGGUGAACACCUUAAAGAAGCUCAGGAGCCUAGCGCCCAAUUCCCCGACCAGUACGAACAAGACAAGUAACAAGAAAGUGGUGUCCCAUGAAGCUGUGCUGGGAGGGAAGCUUGCUGCGAAGACAAGCUUUACUCUAAACCGGUCAGGAAGCUUGAGAGCAGAGGAUUUAACAGGAGCUGCCUUGUACCGGCGACUAAAGGAAUAUCUCAUGACCGAGGAGCAGCUAAAGGAAAAUGGUUACCCAAUGCCUCACCCAGAGAAGCCAGGCCGCGCUGUCCUUUUCACUGCAGAGGAGAAGAAAACUAUUGACUCCUCCUGUAGGAUUUGUUGUCGCUGUGGCACGGAGUACAUGGUCUCAGCCUCUGGAAACUGCAUUCGCAAAGAGGAGUGUGUCCAUCACUGGGGAAGGCUACGCAAGCAGAGGGUGCCAGGUGGAUGGGAAACUCAUUACAGCUGCUGCUCAGGAGCUGUGGGUUCACCGGGCUGCCAGGUUGCUAAACAACACGUUCACGAUGGGCGGAAGGAGAGCCUGGAUGGCUUUGUGAAGACUUUUGAGAAGUUGCCUACAACUGAUGGUUAUCCUGGAAUCUACGCAUUAGACUGUGAAAUGUGUUACACUAAGCAAGGACUGGAGCUGACGAGAGUAACCGUGAUCAACUCUGACCUGAAAGUGGUAUAUGACACUUUCGUCAAACCGGACACCAAGGUGGUGGACUAUAACACCAGAUUCUCAGGGGUGACAGAGGAGGACCUGGAGAACACUAGCAUCACCCUGCGGGACGUCCAAGCCGUCCUAUUGAACAUGUUCAGCGCAGAUACCAUAUUGAUAGGGCACAGCUUGGAAAGCGACUUAUUUGCACUAAAGCUCAUCCAUGGCACAGUGGUGGAUACUGCAAUCGUCUUUCCCCACCGGCUGGGUUUGCCUUACAAACGGGCUCUCCGGACGCUGAUGGCAGACUACCUCAAGCGCAUCAUCCAGGACAACGUGGAAGGGCAUGACUCCAGUGAGGAUGCCAGAGCUUGCAUGGAGCUGAUGGUCUGGAAGAUCAAAGAAGAUGCUAAAGUGAAACGAUGACUUGCGCUUUCCUCUCUCUCCUGUUCCUCCUCCACCUCUUUGAAGCAGUGCAAUAAAUGCUCAGAGUAACACUGUCCACCUGUACGCGGCAGCAUGCUACCCCAGACUCCCCAUGCACUCACAGGUAUCUAUGAGACUUAAGGACUGCUGCUGGCGCAGAUGAACGGCACCAGCUCACUGCUUGCGGGUCCCUGUGUCCAGGUAGUGGCUUUCAGAUCCUUUUGACUCCACCUGAGGAAUACUUUGUGAUACAGCAGUUGCCUUGUAGGCAUGGCAAGGCGGUUUUGGAUAGCGCAACCAGAGAGAAACUUCUUGGUUCCUAGGAGAAGCUUUUAGAGGUAGGUUGGAUACAUAUGGAAGGAUCUUUCUGGUUCAGUCAAAGGCAGAUCUCUUUUUUUUUUUCAAAUGCAACUUAAACUGCCUCCGUAUUCCAAAGCAGGUAGCUUCCCCUCAGUGUUUGGAGAAGGGAGAAACGGAAGAACGCAGGGUAGGAAGCUGUGAAGUGAAUGGGUUACAUGGCUGGUGUAUGAACGGCAAGCAAGGGGUGGUGAGAGUCAAGGAUCAAGCCAUCUGGAAAGAGAUCCUAGGGCGGACCCAUGGCAGAAGAAAAAGCCGGAGCUGGGGGAGAGAGAGAGGCAGCCUAUGAGAGGGUGCGGAGGGAGCAGCAGGCUGAAGAAUGAGUUGGGGUCAGGGGAGACAACAGUUACUAUGACCCAGGUGAUCUCUGGUGAGUGCUGGUGUCCCAGUUCUGCGAUAGCUGGAAAAGGGAGAAGCCACAAGUGUCAGACCUUGCCCAGACCUCAGGGAGCCCCUGGCCAGUGCAUGUAGUAGUGACACAGGGGACAGUGUGGCUGUGACAAAUCAGGCUCCCAGAGCCAAGGGAGGACUUGCAGCCUUCCAGGGCAGGAGCCAUGGUGGGGUGGAGAGCGGUAAAAGCAGGCAUGGUGAUUGCUGGGGAAGGCAAUUCCUUUCUGCAGGCCAGGACAAGCUGUCCUUCCCCUUGCUGCUGAGCUUCCAGUGUGUCUCCAGCAAGCUCAUACGUAGGGAUCAAGGCUUGGGGGUGACCUGGGUGCUGCUAAGAUGGCACCUAAGGGUGCCCCAACAGUACUUGCAAGCAUGCAGGGCUCCCCACCAGUUCAUCCCUGAUAGCAGGGACUUGAUGCAGGGAAGAUCAAAAGCAAUAGGUGAAAAUGUUCUUUUAAACUAGUUUACAUGUUGGAUGUUUUAAGAAGAAAAGCGGAAGAGCCAGUUGUUGUCUCUGUUUGGCCUCCUGGACAAAAGCAACUGUCGAUAGUUUCUCUGUCUCACUUGCAGCAGCUCAGGCAGUGAUGCAGGUGGAUUGCAAAGGCUCUGACGGUCUCUCUCUGCCUGCAGGGUCUCUGGCAGGGCCCCAUUGCUUUGGGGAGAACAACAGAGCUGAGAGAAAUGGUCCCUAAUUUAGACGUUCUCCUUUAGCUGAGGUCCAGGUAGCAUCUCAGCACAGUUGCAGCACGGGAGUGGGGCCGGGCAGCUGCUGGGUUUUGUUUUCUAUCUAUCUGAACCAGGCCAGGCUCUCAGCGGGGCCCUCACACCCCUGUGGGUUCAGCCAGGGGACAUGCUGCGUGUCCCCCCAGCACGUCCCUCUGAGCUGUCCCUCCUCCGUGCCCUUGCUGGUGAGGAGGAGUGCUGGUCCGUGUGCUGUGUGCCAUGGGCCGGGCAUCCUUCUCGGGCCAGUUGGCCUGGGCAGCUCGGUGCCUGGCCCCAGGUCUGGUACAUGGGCAGGUCUGUGCUCGCUCAGCCCCAGGAGCUUCUCCCCGUAGCGUCGCUGUCCUUAGAGGUGAGGACGUGGUGUCCGGUGCUCUGCCAGGCUCCCUGCUGGAGCCACCAGGAGGGAUGGGGGACUGCAAAAGCUCCUGUUCUCGCUGAGCCCUUCUGCUUUCUCUGGUGGGCAGUGACGAGGUCCCAGCCUGUUUUUUCCCAAAGUUAGGGCUGUGCAGCUCCCUGCGGCUUUCCCAGCGGUUUGUAGGCCAUGUCGUGUCAAGCUCUCCCUGCAGCCUGCCUUCGCCAAGCAUUGCGACCUCCUUCCCUGCUUUGGGGCUUCCACGUGGAGGAGCGCUGGACACCUUGUCUUGUCCCUCUCUCCCAUUGCCUGCUGUCGCAGGGAGCGAUGCUCUUCUCAUCCUUCUGCCCAGGCCGUGGGGGAGAGGUGGAAGGUUCAGUGCAUCCUAACCAGGGAAGGAAGGUUUGUUCCUGCUUGUGCCUCUUCCCCUCAGCAGACCCCAUUUAUCUCCUCCCCUGGCUCAGUGAUGGAGUGUACCCGUAGCAGCCCACCACGCGCUGGGUCCCCGUCCCCUCUGCAGGUAGUGAUGCUGCUUUAGACGGAGCAACCCUAGGAAGGAGACCCGAGCGUACGGCUCUCCUGUCUCCGCAGUGAAAUGCAUUACUGUAGCUGUGUUAGGUCUUCAAGCCAGCUCUUGACGUCAAGGAUCUCCAAUAUUGGAUGCAGUCCCAGCUCCCCCAAAAGCCAGCGCCUCUUUUUCUCCGCGGAUGUGGCCCAUGUCCAUCUGGUGUGUUGGCAUCCUCCUCGCUGGGCUGAGGGAGCUGAGCUCGGGGAAAGGUAGAGCAUGGGCGCAGUGCGUUUUCCUCCAGGUUUAAAGCCCGAGUCUGGCCAGGUGAGAGGGGAUCUCGGUCGUUUCCCCUUCCUUUCUCCACUGCUCCUGCGCGGCUCAGCUGAGCCCCUCUAAAACGGGGCCGUGGCAGGAUUGCCUCGUCCUUGCGUGGGAUGUUGGUGGGAAAGGAGACACUCGCUCCCGGCUCUGCAUCCGAAGUACCAUUUCCCUCCGAGUCCGAGCCCGCGGCACGUCAUCGGGUGGGCGGUAGAGGCAUGCGACCCCCGCGCUGUCCUUGGCCCUUGGCAGCACCGUCCCCCGUCCCCACGCCGGGCACCGCAACGCUGUAAAACCCGAGUUGAUAGUGUAAGGUCGGCGAGAGGUUUUUGGGUUGUAUAUACAUAUUGUAACCUGUAACUUUUUGUAACUGUUUUUAAUAAAAGGGUGUUGACUAGA